GAGAGAGAGAGAGAGGGAGAGAGAGAAAGAGAGGGAUAGGGAGACAAAUACAUUAGCCAGAACCAGGGGAACUCCCUUCUUGGACAUUUUCAUAAGGCUGACAGCAGACAAAGGCGUGCACCAGCAGGCUUUCAGCCCAGCCUGCCAGUAAAGCCAAAGCUCGCUCAACUGUGAUAUUAUUUUCAGCAGGAUCAGGACUUUAUUCAGUUUGCACAUCAUCGUUUGCACUGCUGUGUCAUCCCAUCCAUGGGGUUAGCAAAGAAAGAAAGACUUCUUCUCUGUUGAAAUUUAAAGCAUUUUAAUAUUUUAGUCAUCAAAGGAAGCUACAGCUCAGCAACUCCUGGAGGAGAACGAAAAUACAAUUUGAAGGACGAUAGAUAGAAUACAGAUCAAGGAAACAAUGCAAGCUGGAGGAAAGCAAUGGAGCAGCUUUGUCCUGUUUAUGUUGGCCUCACUGGUCAUGUUGGAGGUCUGCAGGGUCCAGAGUUGUCGGAUUGGCUCAGGGUCAGAGUGCGAGAAAGCCCCCUUUGUUCCUGGCUAUAACCUGGCAGGGGAGGGAUUUGAUGUGGUGCGGAUGCGUCGGACAGGAGCGUAUGUCAUUAAUGUCAAAGGUCCUCUGACUGACAACCAGACCUGCACACUGUGUUCCAACCGCUUCCAAAAUGGGCAGAUUCAAAGGCUCCCAGCUGCUGUGCUUGACUGGCGUCCAUUCAGCCGCUGUAGCAAGCAGCUUUCAAGCGCCCUCCACCACUCUGUAGACUCACUGCUGCGCAGCUCCAACUCACUAGUCAGCAACAACUGGGAUCUGGGUUUGAACCUGGAUAAUAUCGGGAAGGCUAUGAUAGGAGGGAGCCGCUCAGAUUUGGCAAAGUUUGCUCGGUCACAGCACAGCGUGGACAAGGCCACAUUUGCUAUCCAUGAAAUCAGCUGCACCUACUACAGCUACAGGCUAGCAGAUCAUCCCCAGCUGAGUACAGAGUUCACCAAACAUCUGAGGAGACUCCCACAGAGUAUGAACACAAGCCAGGAAAGAGCCCUAUAUAGACGGCUUAUAGACACAUAUGGAACUCACUACAUACAUCAGGUCCAGCUGGGGGGUAAGGUGAGGCGAAUCACUGCUUUCAGGACCUGCCUUGCCACACUGAAGGGCUUCUCUGAAAGAGAGGUCAAAACCUGCCUGAACCUUGAACUUCGAAUGGCUCUUGGCUUCGUCCCUGGCAAUGCAUCCUUUUCCAACAAAUGUGACGACCUCCUGAAGGGUAACAUGAGCAUGGGCUUCUACCAAGGCUUCAUGACUCACAAGAUCGAAGUCAUCGGAGGGGAGAGGUACUUCCCAGACAUCCUCUACCAACAGGACCCAUCUGAAGCGUACCACAGCUGGAUGAACAGUCUGCAUGACAACCCUGAUGUGGUUUCCUACGCCAUCUUCCCUCUGCAUCAUCUGGUUGAGGACUCACAGAUCAGCGCCAAUCUGAGAAGCACUAUCUCUCAGUAUAUCAAGGACAACCAGCUGAAGGAGGACCAGGUUGGUUUGAAGAACUGCUCCCCGACUCCGAACCUGGACCAUAACUGCUGUCCUUUGAGAGCUGGCAGAGGAACUCUCAAACUGGAGAUCCACAGAGCUGCAGGUCUGAGGGCGGACACCUUCACAAAGACCGACGCCUAUGUGAAGAUCUUCUACAGUGGCAUGUAUGAGGAGACGGAGACGGUGAUGGAUGACAACGACCCUGUGUGGAAUGCGACCUAUGACUUUGGGUCGGUGGAAUUGGGUCAGGAGUUGAGGUUUGAAGUCUGGGAUAGAGAUGUGAUUUAUAAUGACGUAGCAGGUAGAUGUGUCGUCUUCCCUGAACGAGGAAGUCGAUCGCUGAGCUGUCAGCUGAAAAAAGGAGUCCUCUAUUUCAGCUAUGUCGUCAAAUGUGAUACUCAUUUGACAGGCUUUCGGUGUGGACGAUACUCCCCUAAUGCAGAGUAGAUUAUAAGAAAUUAAGUGACUGUAGAAUUGUUUUCUAGAUACACACAUGUAGUGUCGAAAUUAUCAGAUUUUUAAAGCAUGUUUGCCAACAAUCAUUUUUUUUGCACCUUAAUGAAACAUUUGUCAGCAUUUUGGAUGCCAAACCCUUUGUUUCUUACACUUCUUUCAAUGUAAACUUACCAAAAUAUAUCAGGAUUGAUCUUUAGAGAAGAAAAAUGUAGUUGUCUUUAAUGUUCUAGUACGAGCUCAUCAAAGGCAAGGUCCUUGUACAUACCUUGUAUAUAAUUAAAGGGAUUAGAUUUGUUGUGGACUGUCAACUUAAGCUGUUUCUGAUGCAUAUCAAUAAUGCACUCCAUUUCUAUCAACUUGCAAUAACACUUUUUAAUAAAUACUAACUGACACAGAU